GGACGGAGGCCAGCGUCUGUCCCAGCGUGAGAGCCCAGAGGUGCAGCGAGUGGACCGAGCGGACCGACUCCACCGACAGCAGAACUUCCUUCACUGACUUAAACUCGAUGCCUUUGGGAGAACCUGCAAAAAAAAAGGGUGAAUGUGAGCUGGAGUCGGUGGUGAUCUCACCUGAGCGGUGCCAUCCGAAGGUCAUGUUCUUGGUGGCGGGUCUGGAGGAGAUCCACAAGGAGAAGAUGCUAACCAGCAUGCUGCCCAGGAAUGAACAUGAACUCCACGUUGGGCGAUCCAGAACCGGGGAAGCUGUUUCCUCCCUCCGAUGGCGUGAAAGCCUCUGACAGAAGCAUGUCCAGCUCCGACAGUGGUGAAGACUCCCUGGACGGCUGCGUCCCUCGCUGCUGUCCCCUGACACCGUCGUUGUCUCCCCAUAAACGCACCACCAACCAGUCCCAAACGGAGCCCCCGUUGCUGAGGACCAGCAAGAGGACCAUCUACACGGCCGGCAGGCCCCCCUGGUACAACCUCACCGGCACCACGUUCAAGGAGGCCUUCGUUAUUGGUCUAUGUGGAGGAAGUGCGUCUGGGAAAACAACAGUAGCCAACAAAAUCAUCGAGGCGCUCGACGUACCCUGGGUGGUUUUGCUUUCCAUGGACUCCUUCUACAAGGUGCUGAACAAAGAAGAGCAGGAGCUAGCGGCUAAGAACGAGUACAAUUUCGACCACCCCGACGCCUUCGACUUUGAGCUGCUGGUCGGCGUCCUGCGAAAGCUCAAGAAAGGAAAAAGCAUCAAAGUCCCCGUGUAUGACUUCACGUCUCACUGCAGACGCAAAGAAUGGAAAACUGUGUACGGGGCCAAUGUCGUCAUCUUUGAGGGCAUCCUGGCUUUCGCCAACAAGGAACUGCUUAAGCUGCUGGACGUGAAGGUGUUUGUGGACACCGACUCGGACAUCCGGCUCACUCGCCGGUUGAAGCGGGACGUGUCGCAGCGCGGCCGCGACAUCGGCGGCAUCAUCAAGCAGUACAACAAGUUCGUCAAGCCGGCCUUCGAGCAGUACAUCGAGCCCACCGUGCAGCUCGCCGACAUCGUGGUGCCCCGAGGUGGCGACAACUUUGUGGCGCUGGAUUUGAUCAUGCAACAUGUGCACAGUCAGCUGGAGAAGCGUGAAAUCACCGUGAGGUCUGCUCUGGCGUCGGCCCACCAGGGUCAGCCUCUGCCCGACACUUUGAGCGUCCUGAAGAGCUCCCCGCAGGUGCGCGGCAUGCACACCAUCAUCAGAAACAGAGAGACCAACCGCGACGAGUUUGUCUUCUACUCCAAAAGAUUAAUGCGACUCCUGAUCGAGCACGCCCUCUCUUUCCUGCCCCUCAAGCCCACAUCUGUGGAGACUCCUCAGGGAAGCGUCUACCACGGCAGGAGACUUAGCGGUAAAAGAAUAACAGGCGUGUCCAUCCUAAGAGCGGGCGAAACCAUGGAGCAGGCGCUCAUGGCUGUUUGCAAAGACAUCCGACUGGGCAAAAUCCUCAUUCAGACCAACCACGACACAGGCGAACCUGAGCUCCACUACCUACGGCUGCCUAAAGACAUCAGUGAGGACUUUGUCAUCCUGAUGGACAGCACCGUGUCCACUGGCGCCGCUGCCCUCAUGGCCAUCAGAGUUCUGCUGGACCACGACGUGGCGGAGGACAAGAUCUUCCUGCUUUCGCUACUCAUGGCGGAGAUGGGCGUCCACUCGGUGGCUUACGCCUUCCCCAAAGUGCGCAUCAUCACCACCGCCGUGGACAAAGAGGUCAACGAAAAGUUCCACAUCAUCCCCGGCAUCGGUAAUUUUGGCGAUCGCUACUUUGGCACCGAUGCCCCUUCAGACUGGUGCGAAAGUGACGACGGGAUGGACUUGUGACGGACCCGAAAACAAAUCACAGAGCUUCCCAGGUUUUCAAUACUUGAAGAGCUUCCUCAAAGAAUUAUGAAUUAUUUGUACUUGAAUUACAAAACAAUUUGUUUGUACUUUUAACAUUCCGUAUGCAUUUUAUGGUGCCUUUCAUUGUAGUUGUAUCAUAUUUGUAACCUUUACUACAUUCUUUGAGCCAAGCUAAGUCGUUACAAAAGGAUCGUUAGUUCUGCUGUUGCCAUUUUUAUUAUUUCAUCCCCAUCGACACUAUCGAGCCAAACUGGCAAAAAGACUUAUCAAAUGUUCUAUUCUCCACUAUUUGGAAUUCCAACAUGUUGCGAUCACAUUUGCUGCCACUUUGAAUAUUUUAAUUUAUUGAAAAAUCAACUGACUUUUUACAGCCACGUUACUCGACCAGUGUUACAUUUUAUAUGAUGGCUUUUUUUUCUUUUUUUUUGGUGAGAACACAAAGAUAUGAGAGGCUGUAUUCGAUAUGCUCUGCUCCACUUGAGCGCACUUGAAGGCAAUUCUGAAUAUUAAGUCAAAUAAAAUCUUUGUUUUUCACAUUUUUA